AUGAACUUCGUGAGGCCGUCAAUGUCCAGCCAAGGCCGCUAUCCCGAAGAAGAGGCUCAUGUGCGCCGGACACACUGAAGUCUCGAUGGACCUCGAACGACCCGACUAAAGGAGCUGAUUACCACCAAGGUCGUGACUGGAAGCACUAUACGCGUUUCCGCGAGCGGGCGAAGGAUCCCCAGUUACGCUUCGACUUCAUGGUCUUCUACGACGACACGUAUCGUAAAAAGAGCUUGGCGAUCCCGACACGUCGGUCCACUCGCUCCUCGUUGCGAAAGGCACGCGUCUGGGUGAGCCAUCGGUGA